CUUGAUCAUGUGACUGGUCAAAAUGGCCGCGCCCGUGAAAAAUUUGACGUGUCAAAAUUUAUAGAUUUUCUUCGGAUUUCGGGCAUAUUUACGCUAUUUCUCCUACUCUUUACAAUGUGCACUUGAGGCAGAUUUGUCGGACAACGCAAUCAAAGUUCAAAACCUGCCAUCUCAGCAAGCAAAAAAUGGGGACUAGUAAGAUCUUGGCAAGCGCAGCAACAUCAGCAUCAUAUAACAUGAUGUUUCAGUUGAUGUUCCGCCUGAUGACUUUUGUUUUGAAUGCUUACAUCUUACGCCAUGUGUCAAAGGAGUUCCUGGGUGUUGUCAAUGUCAGGUUGAUCCUACUGUACACAACAAUCCUAAUGAUUGUGCGUGAGGCAUUCAGGAGAGCAUGUUUGAGUAAGACUCAGGACAGGAAGUGGCAGCAGGUCAUUAACCUCUUAUGGUGCAUUUUGCCCAUCAGUGUUUUUGUUGCCUCAUUUUUUGCUUACAUCUGGUAUUACAUCCUGGAGAAACCCGACCCUGAUUUGGUGCCAAACUAUGGGAUAGCAGUCAUCUGCUUUGCGGUAUCGACUGUGAUAGAGAAUCUAGCUGAACCUUUGUGGGUGAUUAGCCAGGCAUUCCUGUUUGUCCGACUCAGGGCAAUCGUGGACGGAAUAUGUCUGGCUUUGCGUGUUUUACUCACUGCCGUUGCGGUAACAUAUUUUCCACACUGGGGUCUGUUUGGCGCCUGCUGUGCACAUAUAAUCAGCACUGUUGUGUACCCUGUCAUCUACUAUGGUUAUUUCAUAUACUACCUGUCAACACAUCAGAAAGAGAUUGAGACCGACAAGUUCCCUCUCAGAUCCUGGAAAGAUUUUCUACCAAAGCAAACUAAUGGCCAGCCACUGUUCAAUGCUGGUCUUGUCAAGUUAACAUGGAGUUUCUUCAAACAAACCGUCCUCAAACAGCUACUCACAGAAGGUGAGAGAUAUGCCAUGACCAUCUUCAACAUCCUGUCAUUCAGCGAUCAAGGCAUGUAUGACGUUGUCAACAACCUCGGUUCACUGGUAGCCCGGUUUGUUUUCUUUCCGAUCGAGGAUAGCGGCUUCCUGUUCUUUACUCAGAGUUUUACCAGAGGAGUACCAAUCAAAGAUCAGAAUAAGGAGUCAGUUACCCUGGCGUGUCGAGUGCUCGAGUCUCUGCUGACCUUGGUUGUCUUGAUCGGUGUCACUUUCCUCGCCUUUGGUUAUCCGUAUUCCUACCUUCUGCUCGAUAUUUAUGGGGGGGAGAAUCUCAGCUCUGGAUCAGGCCCGACCCUAUUGCGAUGGUAUUGUGUCUACGUCCUUAUCAUCGCUGUCAACGGAGUGACAGAGUGUUUUGUCUUUGCUGCCAUGAGUCAAAAGGAAGUCGACAAAUAUAAUCACAAAAUGCUGCUGUUCUCCAUCAUCUUCCUGCUGUCUUCAUACUAUCUUGGGAAACAUCUUGGAGGAGUUGGGUUCAUCCUAGCAAACUGUCUGAAUAUCGCAGCGAGAGUUGCUCAUAGUGUCUAUUACAUUCACCAUUUCACCAAAGACAGUGAUCACUACCCACUACGUGGAAUGUUUCCAUCGAUGCCAGUCAUGAUAUGCUACAUUGGAUCAUUUCUCAUUACAUUUUACUCAGAGAGAUUUUUCUGCUGUGACUCAGGUUGGGUAACGCGUCUUGUCCACAUCGGAGUGGGAGGUGUGUGUCUUCUUGUUGUGCUCGGUGCCAUUUUCUUGACGCAGAAAAGAUUACUGACGUUUGUUGUUGAACAGUACAAGGAGAAAAUAAUGCAUACAAAAGCUGAGUGAUGUCUUCAUAAUGGGACAAUAAAUAACUUAUGUGGUGCGUGCUUUUGUCAAUGGUUCAACAUUUGACCAGUGUCACAAUUUGUCUCUGUCUUUUCAAUAAAAUAUUUAUAUUACA